CAUUGUGGGUAGGGGAGGAGCAGCCAAGAUGGCGGCGAUCGGCAUCCACUUGGGGAGCAGCUGCGCCUGCGCGGCCGUUUAUAAGGAUGGCCGUGCAGAUGUCGUGGCAAAUGAUGCUGGGGACCGAGUAACUCCUGCUGUUGUUGCCUUUUCUGAAAAGGAAGAGGUCGUUGGUCUGGCAGCAAAACAAAACUGGGUGAGAAAUCUCUCAAAUACCGUAGUGAAAGUGAAACAGAUUCUUGGAAGAAGCUCUGGAGACCCACAAGCGGAAAAAUACAUUGCAGAAAGUAAAUGUUCAGUCACCGAAAAGAACGGAAAACUUGCUUAUGAAAUAGAGGGCAAAUUUGUUUCUCCAGAAGAUGUUGCAAAGUUAAUCUUCAGGAAAAUGAAAGAAACUGCUCAAUUCGCGUUGGGUUCGGAUGUGAACGACACUGUGAUUACGGUGCCUUUUGAUUUCGGAGAGAAGCAGAAAAAGGUUCUUGGAGAAGCUGCUAAAGGAGCAGGGCUUAAUGUCCUCCGACUAAUUCACGAACCAUCGGCUGCUCUGCUCGCUUACGGAAUCGGACAAGAUUCCCCCAGCGGAAAAAGCAACGUGCUGGUGUUCAAACUCGGAGGCGCUUCGCUUUCCAUCACGGUCAUAGAAGUCAACAGCGGCCUCUAUCGCGUGCUCUCCACCACCACCGAUGACAGCAUAGGCGGGACCUGUUUUACGGAAGCCUUAGCGCAGCACUUGGCUUCGGAAUUUCGCAGAUGUUAUAGAAACGACGUGAGCGGAAAUCCCAGGGCUAUGAUGAAGUUAAUGAACAGUGCAGAAGUGGCAAAACACUCAUUGUCGACCCUGGGAACUGCGAAUUGUUUUGUCGACUCUCUCUACGAUGGGAUGGAUUUUGACUGUAAUGUUUCCAGGGCCAGAUUUGAACUGAUUUGUUCUGCCCUUUUUGUGAAGUGCAUUGAAGCAAUCAAAAAAUUGUUGGAACAAGUGGGGCUCGGGACGGAUGAUAUUAGCAAGGUGGUUCUGUGUGGCGGAUCGGCCCGCAUUCCAAAGCUACAACACCUGAUCAGAGAACUUUUCCCCAAUGUUGACUUGCUGAACUCCAUCCCUCCCGACGAGGUCAUCCCAAUCGGAGCGGCCUUGGAAGCAGGAAUCUUGCUCGGACGAGAGCAGGUUUUUUCGGAUGACGACAUGCUGUCCGUUGAAUGUUCCGGCAAGGACAUAUUAGUCAAGGCAUUGGACCAGUCGGGGACUGACAAAUUCCUGGUGCUGUUUCCAUCAGGAACUCCUUUGCCAGCUCGAAGGCAGCACACGCUGGAGGCCCCGGGAAAAAUUUCCUCCGUCUGUCUGGAAUUGUACGAGUCUUUGGAAAAAGGCCCGGUGAAAGAAGACGACAGAUUUGCACAGAUUGUUCUCCAGAAUUUAGACAUCAAAGAAGGUCUGCAUCAUAUACUAACCAUCCUUACAAUGAAGAGGGACGGAUCAUUACAUGUAACCUGCACAGAUCAAGACACGGGGAAAUCCGAAGCCGUCACUGUGGAAGUGGCCUCCUAGGCCCAUUUUCUCAGCUACAGUAAAUACCUUCAUACACGGCUUUUAAGACGAACGAUGGGUUUUCAUUCUUCAGAGGCAGCCGGUCACAGACGGGCGUCUCCACAAUGAACUGCAAAACAUUUAAAGGGAUACCUACAAACCUGUAAAGGCCAAUUGGCUUCAUUUGGGUUUGUGAACCGUGUACAUUGGAGAAUCUAUUCUGUUACUUGUGAAUAAUAAACUCCCAUGUUUUUAUAA